AUGUAUUCUUUAUGCUUGUUGUCAUUACUUUCUUUGGGCGCGUAUGUCACGGCCAAACCAAAUGCCUGUCCUAUCCUCGGGCCAGCCUUCCCAGCUCCCACAGAGAUCGGCAGGGACCCAACAUUCAUCGCAGCAACACAAAAUUUGACUGCACAAAUAAAACAAGCCAUUGAAUCUGGCGAACUGGCUGGCAACUCAAUAUCCGUGCAAAUAUUCAGUGGAAGUGAUUCAUACACUGCUUAUGGCCUUUCCCACACGGAUCAUUCGGUGCGAAAUGGAUCCGUCGGAGUGCGGGAAGUGGACGAAAAUACUAUAUUUCGUGUUGGGAGUAUCUCGAAAUUAUGGACCAUGUUGCUAUACAUGACCUUCAAUGGCACCAAACAUUUCGAAGAGCCAGUAUCCAAAUAUGUGCCCGAGCUGCGAAGCCCCUACAACAGCUCCCAGCAGAUUGAUCAGAUCGAAUAUGUGAACUGGGAUGAAGUAACGAUUGGUGAACUUGCUAGCCACCAGGCUGGUAUUCCAAGGGAUUAUGCUUUCAUGGAUUUGGCAGCAAUGGCCCCUCCCCAGGCUCUUUCUAGAAUGGGAUUGCCAUCGCUGCCCAAGUCUGAGCGACUACCAUGUGGAAAUGCUCCGUUUCCACCAUGCAACAGGCAACAGUUUUUUAACGGAAUUCUUGAUACUCAGCCAAUUGCGGCAACUUCUUCUACGCCGCUGUACUCAAAUGCCGGCUACCAGAUUCUGGGCUAUGCAUUAGAAGCAAUCGCUCAGAAGCCCUUCCAUGAGAUUCUCAGGGAGCGUAUUAUCGAGCCCCUUAGCCUGUCCCGUUCUAGUCACAGCAUGCCUAAUCCAACUUUGGCGGUAGUCCCCUCGGAUCUGACUUCCAGUCAAUUUAAUCUGGAUAUUGGAGAUGCAAUUCCCGCUGGUGGUAUCUACUCUUCACCAAAAGACAUUUCCACGCUUGGCCGCGCCAUUCUAGCCAAUACUCUAGUUAGCCCCGCCAUGACGAGACGAUGGCUGAAGCCGGCAACCCAUACUGCAUCUUUACAAGUCUCCGUGGGACACCCAUGGGAGAUCAUGUCCUUUAACGAGCCUCGUCUUGUCGACCUCUACACCAAAGCUGGAAAUAUCGGAAUGUAUAAUUCCAUCAUGGCAUUAUCUCCAGACCACAAUGCCGGCUUCGCGAUUCUUACCGCGGGCAACGGUAGCUUUUCAUUACCAUUGAAGCUGAGUGAGCAGGUUGUCGACAUUAUGGUUCCUGCCUUCGAGCAGAUGGCCAAGAAUCAGGCCGGCCAGAGGUUCGCAGGGACAUAUGCCCUGGAGGAUGGUAUCUCCAACUCGUCAAUCACUCUUGUUACGGAUGAUGAACCAGGAUUGAAGAUUACAGAAUGGAUCAGCAAUUCCGUGAACAUGGGUCAAGCCUUUGCAGCUAAAGCGGGGCUGCAGGACACCCCUUCUCUGCUUAGUAUGCGUCUGCAACCUACCAGUCUCAAAAGUCCCGGCCGAGUUUCAUUUUCAGCAGUCAUUCAAGGUCUGAGCGAACAAACAACAUCUGGACCUAUGCUUUCCGCCUGCCUUACUUGGCUCGAGCUUGAUUCCUAUAUCUAUGGGAAUGUCGGUAUGCCGGAAUUUGAGUUCAAUUUGAACAAGGAGGGUGAUGUGGUCAGCGUUACUCCUCGUGCGCUGCGCAUUACGCUUCCAAAGGUCUAG